UUGUAUAUUGUUAAUGACAUAAAACAUAUUUAUAGAUUGUUGCUGACAGAGAAUCAUAUAAUUUGUGUUCCGUGUGUUAUCUGAAUGUACUUGCCUGUGAUGCUGCCACAAGUCAGUGUUUCUCUGUACCUGUACCUUCCCGUACUUGUGCACUUGGCAAUAAAUUCAAUGCGUCCUGAGAAAACUCAGUGAGAUUUGAUUAGUGAUGAUCAUCUUGACAGCUCUGUAGGUCGAAUGUAUGAGACAGUACACUGUUAAAUGCAAAACGCUGAACAGUGUUGAUGAUCAGAGGGAUCUUAGACUCCUAGUUCAUCGCUCCCUGAAAGAGACUGCACAGAUUGAUCGGGUGGUUAAGAGGGCAAAUGUUUAUGGUUGUCUUUAUUAGUUGAAGCAAUGAGUUCAAAAGUCGGGAAGUUGUGUUGCAGCUUUGUAAAACUAGUUAGACCACAUCGGGAGUGUUUCAUACAGUUCUGGUCGCCCCAUUCUAGGAAGGAUGUCGUGGCAUUGGAGAGGGUGCUGAAGAGGUUUACCAGGAUAUUGCCUGGAUUAGAGGGCAUGAGUUAAAGCAAAAGUUUGGACAAACUUGCUCUGCCCGCGGUGGGAGCAUCUACCGGUCACGUGAUCCCGUUUGCCCCUCCCAUUUAACUGCAGAUGGGCAGCAUCUGCGCGUGUUUCAGAGGCCCCGCCCUCCGGAUGACGCAACAUUCACUUUGCGCAUGCUCAGUGUUUUCCUUUCCGCUCAGCGCAGAAGCCGAUCAUCUGCGGGCUCGGGAAGGGAUCCUCGCCUCUUGGGUUGGGAGCGAGGGGUCGCGAUCACUGUCUGCCGCCGAAGAUAUCACUUUCCCAUCGGUUAAAAACGACAAGGAAUUUAUCUACGGGAAUCUCAAACAAAACGCGCCAGUUUUGCUCUCUCUGUCCACGUAUAUAAGAAGUGGAGCAAGGGAUUCACUCAAUCAUCCUUCCUGCUCAGACUGUGAGGAGAGAUUCACUCGAUCAUCUGACCGACUGGCAUGCCUGUCAGUUUACAGAAGAGAGAGGCUGUUCACCUUUUUAAACUGUGGGGAUUCAAGCUCAUCUCAUGAAGGUAAAUCAGCAAAUUCACACUGGACAAGGCCAUUCACCUGUCCUGUGUGUGGGAAGGGAUUCAGUCGGCCUUCCCACCUGUGGACACACCAGUCAGUUCACACUGGGCAGAGGCUGGUCAUCUGCUGAACUUGUGGGGAAGGAUUCACUCAGUCAUCUGACCUAAUGGCUCACCAGCGAGUUCACACCAGGGAGCGGCUGUUCACCUGCUCGGACUGUGGGAAGGGAUUCACUUGUUCAUCUAAACUGAAGGUACAUCAGCGAGUUCACACUGGGGAGAGGCCGUUCACCUGCUCAGACUGUGGGAAGAGAUUCACUUCGUCAUCCCAACUGAAGGAACAUCAGAGAGUUCACACUGGGGAGAGGCCCUUCACCUGCUCAGUCUGUGGGAAGGGAUUCCCUUUGUCAUCUCGCCUACUGAGACACCAGUCAGUUCACACCGGAGAGUGGCCACACACCUGCUCACUCUGUGGGAAGGGAUUCACUUUGCCAUCCUCCCUACAGAGACACCAGUCAGUUCACACCGGAGAGUGGCCAUUCACCUGCUCAGACUGUGGGAAGCAAUUUACUUGGUCAUCCCAUCUGAAGAUACAUCAGCGAGUUCACACUGGAGAGAGGCCAUUCACCUGCUCAGACUGUGGGAAGGGAUUCACUCGGUCAUCUCAACUGAAGGUACAUCAGCGAGUUCACACUGGGGAGAGGCCUUUCACCUGCUCAGACUGUGGGAAGGGAUUCAUUGAAUCAUUUCAACUGAAGGCACACCAGCAAGUUCACACUGGGGAGAGGCCAUUCACCUGUUCAGACUGUGGGAAGGGAUUCAAACGGUUAGCUCACCUGCUGACACACCGGUCAGUUCACACUGGGGAGAGGCCAUUCACCUGCUCAGACUGUGGGAAGGGAUUCACUGAGCCAUCUCAACUGAAGGUACAUCAGCGAGUUCACACCGGGGAGAGGCCAUUCACCUGCUCAGACUGUGGAAAGGGAUUCACUCAGUCAUCUCAACUGAAGGUACAUCAGCGAGUUCACUCCGGGGAGAGGCCAUUCACCUGCUCAGACUGUGGGAAGCGAUUUACUUGCUCAUCCCAACUGAAGGUACAUCAGCAAGUUCAUACUUGGGAGAGGCCAUUCACCUGCUCAAACUGUGGGAAGGGAUUCACUAAGUCAUAUAGACUGAAGGUACAUCAGAGAGUUCACACUGGGGAGAGGCCGUUCACCUGCUCAGAUUGUGGGAAGGGAUUCACACGGUCAUCUGCUCUACGGAGACACCAGUCAGUUCACACUGGCAAGAGGCCAUUCACCUGCUCAGUCUGUGGGAAGGGAUGCACUGAUUCAUUUGAACUGAAGGCACACCAGCGAGUUCACACCGGAGAGAGGCCAUUUUCCUGCUCAGACUGUGGGAAGGGAUUCACUUUGUCAUCUCAACUGAAGGUACAUCAGCGAAUUCACACGGGGGAGAAGCCGUUCACCUGCUCAGACUGUGGGAAGGGAUUCACACAGUUAGCUAGCCUACAAGCACACUGGUCAGUCCAUACUGGGGAGAGGCCAUUCAUCUGCUCAGACUGUGGGAAGGGAUUCACUGUGUCAUUUCAACUGAUGGCACACCAGCGAGUUCACACUGGGGAGAGGCCAUUCACCUGCUCAGACUGUGGGAAGGGAUUCUCUCAGUCAUCCACCCUUCAGAGACACCAGCAAGUUCACACUGGGGAGAGGCCAUUCACCUGCUCAGACUGUGGGAAGGGAUUCAAACGGUUCGCUCACCUGCUGACACACCAGCGAAUUCACACAGGGGAGAGGCCAUUCACCUGUUCACGCUGUGGGAAGGGAUUCACUGAGUCAUCUCAACUGAAGGUCCAUCAGCAAGUUCACACCGAGGAGAGGCCAUUCACCUGCUCAGACUGCGGGAAGGGAUUCACUCACUCAUCCAACCUACAGAAACACCAGCGAGUUCACACUGGGGAGAGGCCGUUCACCUGCUUGGACUGUGGGAAGCAAUUUACUUUGUCAUCGCAACUUAAGGUACAUCAGCGAGUUCACACUGGGGUGAGGCCGUUCAUCUGCUCAGAAUGUGGGAAGGGAUUCACUCAGUCGUCCACCCUACAGAGACACCAGCAAGUUCACACUGGGGAGAGGCCGUUCAUCUGCUCAGAAUGUGGGAAGGGAUUCACUAUGUCAAGUAAACUGAAGGUACAUCAGAGAAUUCACACCGGGGAGAGGCCGUUCACCUGCUCAGUCUGUGGGAAGGGUUUCACACAGUCAUCUGUUCUACUGAGACACCAGUCAGUUCACACUGGCAAGAGGCCAUUCACCUGUUCAGACUGUGGGAAGGGAUGCACUGAUUCAUCUCAACUGAAGGCACACCAACGAGUUCACACUGGGGAGAGGCCAUUCACCUGCUCAGACUGUGGGAAGGGAUUCACUCGGUCAUCUCAUCUGAAGGUACAUCAGCAAGUUCACACCGGGGAGAGGCCAUUCACCUGCUCAGUCUGUGGGAAGGGAUUCACUUCUUCAUCUCACCUACUGAGACACCAGUCAGUUCACACCGGGGAGAGGCCAUUCACCUGCUCAGUCUGUGGGAAGGGAUUCACUUCGUCAUCUCAUCUACUGAGACACAAGUCAGUUCAUACCAGGGAGUAGCCACUCAACUGCUCAGUUUGUGGGAAGGGGUUCAAUUGCUCAUUUCACCUACUGACACACCAGUCAGCCCAACAGGGACAUGGCUAUUCACCUGCUCAGACUGUGGGAAGGGAUUCAUUCAGUCAUCUCAACUGAAGGAACAUCAGCGAUUUCUCACAGGGGAGAGGCCAUUCACCUGCUCAGACUUUGGGAAGAAAUUUUCUCAGCCAAAUCAACAAAAUGUGCAUCAUUGAGUUCACACUGGGGUGAGGCCAUUCACCUGCUGUGAAUGUGGUGAAGGAUUUGUGAUGGACAUGGACUGUGCCUUUAAGAGAGAGAGAGAGAAACUAAUGCAGUACUGCUGCCUGUUUCUUGGUUGCUAUGGUGAGAGAGAAGUGGAGUUAUGUGAUGGACAGUUUGAUGUUCACAGUUGCUUCACAGCGUGUUUAUUUUAGCAAGGUCCCAGAGACACACAGCGGAACACCAGUUAAGGCAAACAGUCAAUGAAAGGAGGCCAGUAACAGAAGAGUCACUGGGGGAACUUCUGAGUGCUCACAAGGGUGGGUUGAGGAUCGAUCAGAAGAAUCGAUCAGUGGCUAUCAUGGUGUGUAGAAGGGUGACCCUGUGGAGGCUACCGGUGUGUCUACCCCUGCCUGGGUGGUAGCUUACCCUCGAAGAUGGUCCCCUUAGUGAUAAGCUAUGUUUGGCUGACUCGAAAGUGGAUUUGGAACCUGAUGACGGAAGAUGAACGUCACCUGUUUACUCGUUCUUCUCCUAUUGUGGUUUUCACCUUGGAUUAAAAUACGUCUCUUUCUCUCACAACAAUUCUUUGGAAUGAAUUGAACUUCCUUGCAUUACCAUCGUAAGACCUUAACUCUUGCUACCGGAGCUUUAAUGAUUUUGUGAAUUAUAUUUACAUACAUAUUUAUGCAUAACUACUAACAUUUGAUUUACUUGGUUUAAGUUACUAUAUUAAGUAGUUACUAAUAUAUAAUGGUUUUUAACAUCAAAACCAGACUCCAGGUGUGCUCUACUGCUGCUGGUUCAUUUAAACCAUUGCAUGUACGUAACAGAUUCAUUCAGUUAUCUAUCCAUAUGACACACUACCAGGUUCACACUGGGCAGUGGCUUUUCACCUGCUCUGAAUGUGGGAAGUGAGUCACUCAGUCAUCUAACCUUAUGUAACUCUCGCUUCAGCUAGCAGAUUAAUAUAGGGGGUAAUACCCCCAGCCCGGCCAAACUUAAGAAACCUCAUUUGGGUGGAUGCUGCGCGAUGUGUCCCCUGUUACAAAUCAGUACCCCAAAAUAACAAACAGUACACAAUAUGUGAUUAAACAAUUGAGCUUUAUAAUUUUUACAUUGACUAUAGGGUUACUGAAGUAAACAAAGAAAAGGGCCCACUCUCUUUAUUCGCGUCUUCUCAUCUCUCCCCAGCAAAUGACCAUGAAAAUCUUUCUUCCAGACUCACAAGGAAGAACAUUUCUGUCAUUGGAUAGCCCCGCACACCAAAAGCCUGUUAUCUCUAGUCGUAACCUAAACAUUGCUGCUACAGAGAAACCAUUACCUCAACAGUGAAACAUUACAGAGAGGCCGUUACAUGAGCAGUGAAACUUACAGCGUGUUAUACUUAUGACACACUACCGGGUUCACACUGGGGAGAAAGUUUCAAUAAGCUGCAUGCUGGAUAUUUAUCCAUCACCAUUGCUGAAUGCAAUUUCGAGAGUGACUGUCGGUGCUGAACUCUGCAAUUAUUGCUGCUGAUCACCACACCCAGUUCUGCACCCUGGUCUCUGGACAUGGGAGGAGUUUCUUCUGCUGCAUAUUCACCUUUAAUGGGACUGGAGUUUAAUCUUCUGCACCUGAGACGAAUAAAUCACUUUAUUUUAAACUCUGUCUCCGGUACUUAGUGAAUUUAUAACACACCUAGUGUAGAGUAGAGAGUCAACUCAGGCCGGUUGGACCCUGCCAGUGAUUCUGUUCCACAACAGUCCUUUUAAAUCCUCCCCUUUAUUUCCCCUCUCACUCUCCCUGUGGUGAUGGGUUCCAAACAGUCACCACUCUGUGGGUGAAGAGGUUUCCCUUGAAUUUUCUGCAGACUGAAGAAGUGGAGCUGACUGCAGUUCUGUCUGAGAUGUUCUUCGCCCCUCUAAUCUCUGGGCUGAGGAAGAAUGACAUUGGUAGUUGACCUCCUUAAUCGCGAUUCAUUCCCACAUUAUGGGUCAUUUUCCCUGCUUCUAAAGUGUUGUUCGGAAACAGUGCUGCCCUCUACACACUGUAAGCAGAAUGGGAAACCAUCAGUUGGAUUUUUGACGAAGUAGUGUCAGAAACCAGAGGCGGGUCUGCACAGGGCAGAGUUUGGGGCUCUGGAUGGUGGUCGGGGUAAGAAUGUAUGAUGAGGAGAAGGGAAUCAGCAGCAGGUCAUGGCAACGAAUGACAGUGUAGUAGCAUUUCAAAGAUGACUGACAGAGAAAAUAAUUUGUUUGUCUGACUGAUGACAAACAAUGCCUGUGGUGAGGUGCUCCACUGGUCAAGGGGCGUGUGUGUUGGGAAUGGUUUUAUUUAUUGAGGAAGCUGUUCCUGCUUGUUUAUCCUGUAAUAUUAUAUCCAGAUGGUUAUGACAGAUUGUCCUUUCUAUAAUAAUCUAUUGAUUACCUAUAAUUUGUAAGAUUUUGACUCUAAAACUGGAUCAGGCUUUAAUUUAUGGUGUCUUUAUGAAGUUAUGGUGGUUAUUCAUGAGCUUAAAGCAAGAUUUUGGUGAAUUAUAUUUGCUACUUGAUUGUACAUUUGUAAGUAAUCAGAUUGAGUUAAACUGCUGCAGGAUAUCCCGGAAAGCAUUGGAAUGUGUCUGGUUUCUCAUGGCAUUUUCUGCAUUCAUCACCUUGUUUGUUAGUCUUUAAUGUAUUUUUGAUAUUUUUUAUGUUAACCACCCUGUCCUGUAUUUCUGCAAGGAACCUCUAUUUCUGUAAAGACGUCUCCCACUUUGAGUCGGGCAUUCGAUGCUUCCUUGAUAAACAUCUAGUCUGCUCAAAUCAUUGGCGUGUCUUCCAUGGAGGGUCAUAAUCAUUCCACUGGUUAACAUUUUCUAUGAUAGUGAUGAUUGAUUUUUUUCUGAGUUGGCCGCUCAUUUAAGUUUUCUGGUAUGUACAUCAUUUCACAAAUGCAUAUGCGUGCAUGGAGUGCUGAAUCCUGCUUUAUUUUUGAAGAAGGUAUAUACUUUGGAGUUUUAUCUGACUGUUGUGUAAGUUUUUAAUGUCUGCAACUCCUCAUCCUGCUUCUGUCCUAAGUAGUGUUGAUCUAACUGCUUCAGUGUAGAUACUGUUUUCUAAAUUUGUCAUUUCAGUUCUUAUUUUUCUUUGUAAAGUUCCAUUUCGGAAUGGAACCAAGAUAUUUUUCCGAAAGAAUAGGUUUCGUUAAGGAAAAUAUAUUCUUAGGAGAUAUUUUACUUAAUUCUCUCCCCCCCCCCAUUACAUUUCUUACUCUCACUUCUCAUCUUCCCCCCCACAAAAAAAAAAUGUCAACACUUCAAGAGUAUCGAGAGGCCUUUGAAAGGAAGCUCUCCAAGUACGCAGGACUGGUCAGCAACUGUCAGCAGGCUGGAUGGAGAGCGAGGUGUCUCCCAGUGGAGGUUGGUUGUAGGGCAUUUGUAGCCCGUUCUUUUGUUAGAGCCUCAGCAUUUUCAGCAUUUUGGGCAUCGAGGGAGAGAGCCAUCCACAGUACCACCGAUGCGGCAGAGAGGGCCUCAAGAUGGCUGUGGCUCAAAAGAGGGGAGCCAUGGAGUCAUAAGUAGCUAGCCAUCUGGACACAAGCUGGGGUCUGAUCAGCCCCGGCUGGGUCACCUGGAGGAGGUUGUAUGAUGUUGAAAGACCCGAAACACCCGAUGAUUCCAGGAACAUCACUGAAGAUGUGUCCAGAAGCUUCAAUAGAUGUAUGUACACAGGGGUAGAAGUGGGUAUAGGUACUAUUACUAAGGAGAAAAUUUGCUUUGGAAGCUGAAAGGCCUGGAAGUAGAUAAAGCUCCUGGACCAGAUAGUGUAUGCCCCAGGAUUCAGAAAAUGGUAGCUGAAGAGCUUGUGAAGGGAUUAGAGUCAUAGAACACUACAAUCUAGUCUGUGCUAAAGUAUUUAUCUGCCUAGUUCCAGCAACCUCCAUUCCCUUCCUUUCAUGCACCCAUCCAAACUUUGCUUAAAUGUUGAAAUCGCCCCUGCCACUUGCUCUGGCAGCGCAUUACACAUUCUCACCAACUCUGAGGGAAGACGUUCACUCUCGUGUCUAUCUUAAAGAAUGGGUAAUGACCUUUCAAGAAUCACCAGACUUGGGAAAUGGCUCUGGCGGGCUAGAAAGUUGCAAAUGUCGCUCUAUUCUUUAAGAAGUGAGGUAGGCAGAAGGAAGGAAAUUAUAUGACAGUUUCUGACCUCAGUGGGUGGAGUCCAUUCAGGAUGUUUCUUCGGGGUACCUGGCACACAAUAAUAUCGGGCAAAGUCAUCAUGGUUUCCUGGAGGGAAAAUCUUGUCUCGGAAAUCUGUUGGAGGGUAGGUGCGGGGCAGGUAGCUUAGAGCUAAGCGGGUGUCUGCAGAAGGACUUGGACAGGUUUGGAGAACAGACAAUGAAGUGCCAGAUAAAAUACAGUGUAGCGACUGCUGUCUACAGUCAGGUACUCAGGUUCAUUCGGCAUAGUGUUUCAUGAACAUUGUUAGCAAAACACUCCGAUACAAUACGGGUUUCAUUUUGUUACAGACAGAAGUGGCAUUUUGGUACUACAACUAAAGAAUAUUUCUACCGUGUUGGAGACGCUUUCAAAAACCCCACGCCUACUGAUAUAAUUGAUAAAAUUUGAGGUUUAAAUCCCUUUCAGAAGGGAUUAAUAGCAAUUAUCUAUGAUAUAAAUAUGAAAUUACACCCAGGUAUAUCCGAUAAAAUUAAAAAUGAAUGGGAAAGGGAACUUCAACUUAGUCUACCUACAGAGAAAUGGGAUAUUUUUUUUUCAAUUAGUACUUCUUCUAUAUGUGCUAAGAAUACAUUAAUACAAUUUAAAGUUGUGCAUAGAGCCCAUAUGUCCAAAGAUAUAUUAGCCCGUUUUUAUUCCCAUAUAAACCCUAUUUGUGAUAGAUGUCACUCUGAGGUGGCUUCUUUAACGCAUAUGUUUUGGUCCUGUCUUCUUUUGGAAAAAUAUUGGAAAGAUAUUUUUGAUAUUAUAUCAACAGUUCUAUGUCUUGAUUUACAACCCCAUCCUAUUGCGGCAAUUUUUGGUUUGCCAAUGUUAGAACAUAGAUCUUUGUCUUCUUCAGCCUGUCGGAUGAUAGCAUUUGUCACUUUAAUGGCCAGAAGAUCUAUUUUAUUGAACUGGAAGGAAACCAAUCCUCCUACUAUAUUCCAAUGGUUUUCUCAAACUAUAUUAAGUUUAAAUUUAGACAAAAAUUAGAGGUGAUAUUUCCGAUCCUUAGGUUAAAUUUGAAGAAACUUGGAAACCUCUAAUGCAACAUUUUCAUAUGAUGAUCUUUCCGAAUCCUUUUUAUUAACUUAAGUUAUAUGAAUAGAGGAGCGGAGUUGAUGACAUUACUGAACGUGUCUGAUUCAAGAUAAUGGUCUAGCCAUGUUUUGCUCUUUUUUUUGGGGGGGGGGAUAAUAUUUAGUUUUUUGUUCUUUUUCUUUUCUGUUUUUUUCUUUGUUUAUACAUAUUUCUUUUUAUUUCCUUUUUUAUAUAUCUAAUUACAUUAUGAGUUUGGAAGUCUAUUAUACCCAUGUUACUUAAAAUAUUUUUUGUACAUACUUAUAAAGAUUAUUCCCACCUCUUUGUAUCAACAUUUUUACUGUGUUUAUAAUUUUGAAAAUUUAAUCAAAAGAUUUAAAAAGAAACAAAAACCCCACGCCAUCUGUGAAAACCUUUCUAACCCCUACAUCGCACUCCGUUUCUGUAAAGCUCUCCGACCCCGACAGCACUCGCCAUCUGUGAAAACCCUUCCAACCCCUACAUCACUCCCCGUUUCUGUAAACAUCUCC